AUGUCCAAAGGUAAAGUCUGUCUUGCAGACUCCGGAGGUCUAGAUACCUCCAUCAUUUUGGCUUGGCUCCUAGAGGAAGGCUACGAAGUGGUAGCCUUCAUGGCCGACGUGGGUCAGGAGGAAGACUUCGAAGCUGCUGAGAAGAAGGCCAUUGCCAUCGGUGCCACCAAGUACGUGUGUGUCGACUGCAGAGAAGAUUUUGUCAAGGACGUGCUUUACCCAGCUGUCCAGGUCAACGCCGUAUACGAAGACAUUUAUCUCAUGGGUACAGCUUUGGCCAGACCAGUAAUUGCCAAGGCCCAGAUCGAUGUUGCCGAAAAGGAAGGCUGUUUCGCUGUCUCUCACGGCUGCACCGGUAAGGGUAACGACCAGAUCCGUUUCGAGCUAGGUUUCUACGCCUUGAAGCCAGACGUCAAGGUCAUUGCUCCAUGGAGAGACCCUGUUUUCUUCGAAAGAUUCGCAGGCAGAAAGGAUUUGCUCGAUUACGCCGCCGCAAAGGGUAUCCCAGUCACCCAGACCAAGUCCAAGCCUUGGUCCACCGACGAGAACCAGGCUCACAUCUCUUACGAGGCCGGUAUUCUCGAAGACCCAGACACCACCCCACCUAAGGACAUGUGGAAGCUUAUCACUGACCCUGAAGAUGCUCCAGACACCCCAGAGGACUUGGCUAUCGUUUUUGAGAAAGGUGUCCCAGUCAAGUUGACCUACACUGAGGCUGGCGCCCCCAAGGAAGUUACCAAACCCUUGGACGUGUUUAUGGCCGCUUCCAACCUAGCCAGAAGAAACGGUGUCGGCAGAAUAGAUAUCGUCGAGGAUCGUUACAUCAACUUGAAGUCCAGAGGUUGUUACGAGCAAGCCCCAUUGACCCUAUUGAGAAGAGCACACGUCGACUUGGAAGGUCUGGUUUUGGACAAGGAAGUUCGUUACUUGAGAGACCAGUUUGUAACUCCAACUUAUUCCCGUCUCAUGUACAACGGUGCUUACUUCAGUCCUGAAUUCGACUUCAUCAAGAGCAUGAUUGGUCCAUCCCAAACCAGCGUCAACGGUCAAGUUAGACUCAGACUUUACAAGGGUAACGUGAUCAUUCUCGGUAGAUCUUCUGAGACUGAGAAUCUGUAUGACCCUACUGAAUCCUCCAUGGACGAGUUGACCGGAUUCUCGCCAGUUGACACCUCUGGUUUCAUUGCAAUCCAAGCUAUCAGAGCUAAGAAGUAUGGUGAAGCCAAGAAGGCUAAGGGCGAAAAGCUUACUUUGUAA